GCGGCACCGGCAGCACCGGCACCAUGAGGAACGGCGAUGACCUGGAAGGCUUCGACGGCGAGGCGUCCAGCGCCUCCAUGAUCUCGGCGGCCAGCAGCCCCUACCAGCCCACCACGGAGCCCGUCAGCCAGCGCCGCGGGCUGGGCGGCCUGCGCUGCGACCUGGACUACCUGCGGGGCACCUUGGGCAGGCUGAAGCUGGCCGAGGUGCUUUUGGCGCUGACGGCGUUCAUCUGCAUAGAGACCAUCAUGGAAUGCUCCCCCUGCGAGGGCCUUUAUUUCUUUGAGUUCGUCAGCUGCAGCGCUCUCGUGGUCACCGGCGCUCUCCUGAUUUUGUUCAGUCUCAGCCUCCACACAAGAAUACCCCAGAUCAACUGGAAUCUCACUGAUCUGGUCAACACUGGACUCAGCACUUUCUUCUUUUUCAUUGCCUCUGUAGUACUGGCUGCUUUAAACCAUAAAAGUGGAGCAGAAAUUGCUGCUGUGGUGUUCGGGUUCCUGGCCACGCUGGUGUUCGCGGUGAACGCGGCCGUGGCGGUGCAGCGCUGGCGGCUGGGCCGGCGGCAGCAGAGCCGCCAGAGCAGCGAGUACGUGCGCGCCCGCAGCGAGUCCCGCGAGGUGGUGCACCGGCCCGAGAUCCAGCGCCUGGACGCCUGAGGGCCGCCCAAGGGAAAAACAGCGCCCAGCUCCCUCACGGAACAAGGCUUUGGCUUUAUUUAAGCAGGAAAAGGUGCAUCGAGGCUGGCGAGGAUGCCCAGCCCUGCACGCGUGCAGAGAUGUGUUGAGCCAGAAGCUGCUGUCGUGGAGGCAGAAAACGGUGGUGGUUCCAAAGGAAGAUCCCCUCAAGGCCUCCGCAUAGACAUGGGCAUAUGUUAUAUAGCUCCCAGAAUAUAUAAUGUAUGUCUGUUCUGAAGUGUGUCACUGCUUUGGAUUACCUGCACAGAGUUCCCUUCUCUCUCUGGAGAUGCCCUGUUCCUGCAGCCGCCCCGGGGACAGAGCAGCCCUGCCCGGCUGCUGAGGGAGGAGAUGGAGCCCCCAACGUGCCAAGGAGCCAGGGGCACUCAGCAAUAACUCAGCCAGCGGGGCCCGUCCGUCCCAGACUGUGUCUGUCUGUCUGUCUGUCCUCCUGCCCCGAGCUCUGCCCAGCUGCCUGCCUGCGGGAAGCCGUGCCGGAGCUCUGCUGGUGCUGGGCCCUGCCCGAGCCUGGGGGCACCGAGGGCACGGAGGGGCUGCCUGCUCCUCUCGGGACACAUUCCAGUGCUCAUUCCAAAGUGGGAAAAUAAAUGUGUUUAGGAGAUGGGGUGCACAAAAGGGGCUUAAGGGGCACAGUAGCGAACGAAGGGGUUGUCAUCCUACAGACUUACAUUCCAGCUGUGGCUUUCUUUUUCUUUUUUUUUCCCCCUUUUUUCUUUUUUUUUUUUAAGGUUCAGCAUUUCCAGAAGUUUUUGCUAGAACUUGCUUUCCCUCUAAGCCCAGGGUAAGCAAGAACUAGCAAAAAUGUAUGUGCUUUUAAAGUGUUCCUAAGGUUGCAAUGUUGUGAUUCAUGUAAGGUAAAUACUUCUUUUUGGAAGGAUGGUCGUUCUGAAAUUAAAACUUAAUUGGUGGUAAGUGAACCUGAUUUUUAUUUAACUGGGUGUUUCUGCAGAUUUUUUCCCCUUAGGAUUCUUUGAAAAAUGAAUUUAGCUAAUUGGAAAAUAAUAUGAUUGUAUUGAUUUGUUUAGAAAUAGUUUUACUUAGCUGAAGUUUUCUUUUUUAAGUUUUCCUUGUACUUCCAGUGAAUGAAUUACAUUUUCUCUACUCAGAACUCAAAUUCAGCAGUAAUUGGCUAGAUAAUGUCACAAUAUUAUUAGGAAGGUGUCUCUUGAUAUUUUCCUGUUUCUUUGGUGUUUUCAUCUCUUCAGUGCAUUAUUUGGCAUUUGUGUGCCUGAGUGAAGACAGUGUGUGUGGGAGGAGAUCUCUAGAACUAAACUCCUUUGUGGUGUGAGGAAAAUGGAAAUCUGUGCAAUUGUUGGGAUGGUUUGCCAUGUGUGUCCUGCUGGAGCUGCACUGCUCAGGUGAGUGCAGCCCCUGGAGCCUUAAGGACAAUGGGCAGUGUGCUGGGUGAGGUAUUUACCAUGAAAACCAAGUCACACCAAGCAGGAGAUCAGGAGAAGUGCCUGGGCUUUUAUAGUACUGGAGGGAGCUGGGGUAGUGGAAGUGUGAACCUAAUGCUGCAAUGUUCAAAUUGAGCAGCAGAGAAUUAUUUUGAUGAGUGAAAAGGUGACAAAGGUGAUGCCUUUCCAUUUUCAGUGUAUUGACAUCUAUAGUGCAUUUCACCUCAGUGGCUGAGAAGAAGAUUAAAAUUCAGAGUUACUGAUGAGGUUAAGGAAAAUUUGCAUUUUCUUAGUGAUUGAUGGUUUACCAGUUCCUACAGUAACACUUUAUUGUGCUUUACUGGAUGCUAUGCCAAAGGGAGCACCAGUUUAAGAGGAGAUGGAACCAGCUCUUGGUGCUGGGUCAGAGCAGACAUUCCACAGAGGGUUUCCUCACCUGGGUGCAUUUCCUGAGCAGCACAUGGCAGUUCCAUGGCCACUGUGGUAGGAAAUAACAAUUUGUUAUUGCCAGAGCUGCUGUGGCAGCUCUGCUGUUUGCCAGCACUGGCAGAGUUUGCAAUGUCAAUUAUUAAAAGACUUUUUAAAAGUAGCACAGGCAUAGCCAGUCAGGAAUUUUAAACUGCCAUCAAAGCAGUUUGGAUAAAGAUUGUAAAGAACCCCAAGCAAACCCAAACCAGACAAAACAAAAAACCAAACCCAAACAUCCCACACCAAAAUCAAGCCGAACCCACCUACUGAAAUAGAAAACAGAGUUCUCCAAAAGAUCCGUGCUGUUGGAGUGGAGCUGCCAUCUGCAAUCAGGGAGCAGGAUGGUGUCCCCAGGGCUUUGUCAGGAGUUGUCCCGUCACUGGCCAGGGCUGGAGGAGCAUUCCCAGACCCUCUCUGUGCUCCCUGAGCUCCCUGAGCCUGGGGCAGAGCUCUGGGAGCCUCUCUGGGUUUACGAAUUUGCACCUUUCAAACCCUGCACCUGUCCUGGCCUAGGAGAAGGGUACCUGGGGUUUGCUGUGCAGUGAGGCCCCAGCCCCUGGAGCUGCAGGGACAGGAGCAGAGUGGGGCAGUCACAGGAGGGGUGAGAUUCCUGCAGCUGGGAGUGCCAGGAUUCAUUACUCACAUCGUGCCCUGAGCCUAGCACAGCUCUCAGGUGGAAUCCAAAAGAGAACAGUGAUUUAAAAAACACUAUCUGAUCCACUUUGUGAAACAAAAGCAAAUGUAAAUGUGUAAUUUCCUUGUUUUUGGGACCAAAGAUGAUUUUAGUAUUGUAUAGUAUAUUCUUUCUAAAAAAUCUUAAGCACUUACUGCUCUGCAGAGACAUUAUUUACUAUUUGGAUUAUAUAGAAGGGAAGUAAAGUAGCUGUGAGAGACGACUACAUUUGAAAUAUUAAGAUCAUUUGAUGUAUCCAUUUCCCCUGAGUUAAUUUUACACAGUGUAUUGGAGAGGUACUUCUUAAAGACUGUUACUUAAACUGCAGUCACACAAAAAACCCUUAAGGAAGAGAAGAGGGUAGAAAGUUUAAUUUUUUUUUAAACUUGCUUAGAGAAGUGACAUUAAAUUGCUUCUCUCAGCCAGUUAGUCUUGCUUGUAAUUGCUAGCACACAGGGAUAAUUUCUUUUUGUCCUUAAGGGUGCUGUUUAGCUCCAUAAAGGGACUCAAACCCCACUGUAAAUAGAACUAAAUGAAAGCAAACAGUUGAGGUUGGUAGGAACAGGAUGCUUGGAACAGUGAGGGUUUGGAUGGGUGCCCUUUGGUCAGAGAGCGUUUGUGUGUAUUUCUGGGUGUAGAAAUGACUGAAUUGUGCCCCUGUGCAGACAUCCCAGUGUGUGUUGCACAGUGAGCUCUGCCUGGAGCUGCUGUCAGUGCUGCAGGAGCCUCUUUGCCCUCCUGCUCAGCUGGGCUUGGUGCCACGUCCUUGAGCUGUGCAAGCAGCCCCAGCAGGAGCUCCUGAAGCCACAGGGGAACUCACUCACGUGUCUGAGUAAAGCCAAUCCCUUCUUCCUUUCCCCCUUUUCAUUUGGAAUAUUCGUGCCUCAUGGAUCAAAUGCUUUAAUAUUUAAUUCUUGCUAAGCCUCUGUUGGUCUGUGCAGUGCCAGGAAGAUCAGAAUGUGUCCAGUAUCCCUUGGUGUCAGCUGUGGUGCUCUUCCCUUUCCUGCUGGCUUGGUGUUCUUUCUGUGGUCUGUGGAAUGCUGGGGCUGCUCUGAAAUUCCUGGAGUGACCUCCCUGUGCCUUCUGAGACAGGCUGUGGCCCCAGGGAGCUGAGACUGCAGCGUGUGCUGCUCACUCCUUCAGGAGCACAGCAUCAGCACAGCUCUGUGCCUUGGCAGCAGCUCCUCAUCCUUCACUUUAGGGUGUCUUUCCAUGGGAUAAAGGAGCAGUGUGCUGCUCUUUCCUUGGCUUUGUCACUGUUGUGACAAACACUUGCCAGGGUUUGUUGGUCACUCUGGUCUCAUGGCACGCUCUGGCAUUGUUUCAGCUCUCUGGAUUCCAUUGCUGCUUCCAGAAAGGGGAGGGAAAGGUUCCCACUCCUCCCUGGGUAGCAGUUUAUGCUCCCCCUGUGGAUUUCUGUCCAUGUGCUGAUUUCCCCUCCCACCAGGGCAGAGCCAGAGGUUCAUGGAGUGCUGUGCACACAGCAGAGAGAGGAUCUGCUGCCCUGGACUGUUCUGCCUCAGUUAAACACCAGCUUUUCAUGAGCUUUAAGGUCCCUAAAUGAAUUUGGUCACCUCUCCACGCUUUUUGGGAUGUGCAGGCACAGCAAAUUCUUACCCAAUCUGUGGCUUGAUUAAUGCAGUUCUUUCUUCCUCCCUCUUCCUUAGGCCUCUUUCUGUAUCUGCUAUUUUCUUGUCUCAUGUCAUGUUGUAAUAAUUUCUACUUGUUUUCUUUCACGAGAGAAAAAAAAAAAACAAAACUGACCAAAAAUCUAAAAUAAGCAAGAAUAAUUUAGGGCAUAAUUAAAAAAAUGAAACCCAACUUAAUAGCAGUUCAGAUAGUGUAGGAAGUAAUAUUGUUUCUCCUACUCAGCUGGGAUGCUGAUCAGCUUGGAGGAGGAGGAAGAACAGAACUGUCCUGGAAGCUCUGGAGCCAGAACUCUUCAGUGGCAGUGAGGAUAAUGAAAAGUCUGAUAAGAGGUUGGAGAUGUGAGAAGGACCCUUGGCAAUCCAGAGCUCUCACAGUGAACAUGAACAGUCAGAGCCCCCAGUUCAUUCAGCCAUGGGCAUCUCAGGGGGCUGGGAAGGGCUGGGAUUGCCCAGGCUCAGCUUCCAGAGGGGAUCCAGGGGCACCUCUGGAAAUCAGGCUUGUGCUGUUUGUAGCAUGAAAUUAAGGAUUGUUCACUGGCUGGAGGGCCAGCAAAGCUCAGAAUCACUGUGCAGGUACAGGUGUCCUGUGUGUGAGUUUUAAUGGCAACAAAAGCAUUUUAAGCUUGAUCCUAAAGUCAGUACAAAAAUGCAUGGAACUUUGUAGAAAUUAUACUUUGCAAAAAUUAUGCCCUAUUGCUCUCUUUAUUUUGACAGAGGGAUUGGUUAAAAUGAAUUUAUACACAUACUCAGGAAAUCUCUGAAUGACAUUUUAGAGGGUUUUCCUGGUAUAUUAUUUUUAUUUUCCCUGUCAGCCACUUGGCCACCUUGAUAGAUCUGCUUGACCUACUCAGAGUGGUGCUGUCCAACCUGAAAGGGUUCCCUUGUUUUGGUCUUUUUUUUUUUUUUUUUUUUGGUUGUAUUUUAAAAUUCUGUCUAUAAUUUAACCAUUUGUAUGCUAAAAAUAAUCUUAAAAAAAUCUACUUACACUGUGAUUUUUGGUAGCCUUUAAUUUAGAGUAUACAACACAAUCUAAUUUUCUUUUGGGAUAUGCAGCUUUCAGAAGUGUUCUUAUAUAUGCCCAGAAAUGAAAGUUGUCUAUUUAUCAUAGGAAUGUGAUUAGAUAAAGUAACCUAUCCGGAAUCCCAGUGCAGCUCUUUCAUAUGUGCUGGAUGGACUAGUUAGUGAAUUUGCCUUUUAAUCUCUAUGGGUUAAUAAAUAUUUUUUUAUAACUAGCCACAGAUAUUCCCUUUUAAAUUAUACUUGGCAAACAGAAGAUAUUUAAUUUUAUAUACAAUAUACAUAGUUACCUUGAUUGACAUAUUUAUAACAUAGAGCUUUGUGUUUACUAUGAAGGUUUUAUCUGUAUCCCAUGGACCUCAUGGGUGAAACUUUAAAAAGUCGGUUAGCAUUUAUGGAAGGUUGUGGGAACUUUCUUCAUGGCUUCACGAUGAGGACAGAGGAGCAUUUAAAAGGCAAUAGCCAGAUUGUUUUACAGAGUAUCUUAUUUUUUGAUUGGGGCUGGUCCCUGCAGCUAUUUUAAUAACAUCUGGAUGUGAGUAACAGAAUGGAAUAUGAGCAUCUGCCUCUUCUGACUGUCACAGGCUAUUGUCUAGAGCACAGGAAAUUUCAGGGUAUUGUAUUGUUUUGCUUCAGACAAAUGUCUCAAUAGACCUAUUUAAUUAAAACCUUCAUGUGUCUGAAAGAAAACAUCCUCCCUUAACUAGGCUGAUUUAUCACUUUUGGUACCCCUUUAAUCCCAAAAGUUGUGUUGUCUAAUAUUUUAAGUGAUGUUCCAGCUAUCCUGAUGUCUGCAGGUUAAAGUGGUCCUGGCUAGCACCCUUUUGUUACAACAAUUGCUACCUUCAUUUUUCUACUGUUUCUACUUUAAUCUUGAAUGUUUACCAGUUUCUAUUGUUGGAUCUUGUGGAGGGAGAGUCUCUUAGCACUACAGCUCAUCCAGCUUUAACUCAUACAUCACAGUCCUGGAGUAAGAAAAUAUUUUGAAAUAUAUAUUGUGGCCAAUUUAUUGCAUUUUAAAAUGACUUCUAUACUUAAGACACAACAUUUAUGACAUAAUAGGACGAAUGACUUAGCUAAUCAUUGUAUCUGUCUAGACUUACUCUCUUUUGUGUUAGUGUCAUUUUGAAACUAUUUGUAUAUGUUGAAGUUUGUAAGGGUUCAGGAACCCACAAUAAAAUAGUAAAGUAUGUAUUUAUUUCUCAUGAUAAUGCUCAAAUUUGAUUUGGAAGUUGACACUUUGUAUGUCUUUUCACAGAAUUGUAAACAAAUACCGAAAAACUGCUUCACCUAGGGUGCCUUCCAUGUGUGGUACUAACACUUGUCAUUCACAGGAAUAGAGAUGUAAAUUUAUGAAUCCAGCAAACACUAUUUUUGUAAUGUGAGUCACUGACACAGCUCUGGCCUCGCUGUGCUUUGUUCCCACCACCACCAGGUUUGUGGCUGCUGUGUCACUGCCUUCCCUCCACGUGCACUGGAUCUGGUCCCUGGGGAGCCACAGCUUGUGUCUCCUUUGCUCUGCCCCUGAGCACAGUCCUGGUGCUCCAGGUUCUGUUCCUUGGGCCUCGUGAGGGAUGCUCAGGGUGGGGUGUCUGUGUCCCCAGGGCUGACCCUGGCUCCUCUAGACCGACUGCAGCCCAAUCCAAACAUUCCAAAUUUAGCUCAUAAUUUAUAAUUUACAGCUUCUGAGGAGGGAGCAUCCAGGCCUGACCAAAAGACUUUAUCGCUCUGGGUUACAGGUGCUGUAUUGACAGGUUUGUAACUGCAAACAGCUCAGAGGAAUUACGGAAAUACCAGGUUAGAAUUCCAUUCAGGCUGAGCAAAGGGGAUGCAAUUUUCCUUUUUUCAUGAGCACAAGUGUGCUGUGCAAUACCCUUGGUACUCUGGAGUACAGAACCCUCGGUGCAUCUCAGAGUGGUGCCAGGGCAGCACCCAGCUGUGUCCUGCCCGGGCCUGCGGGGUUCCAGCAGGCAGCACGAUCCCCUGGAGCCAGCUCAGCCCUGGAGAGCUCCCAUUGUCCUGCAGGGCUGGGGCUGCAGCAGCUGCUCCAGCCGAGGCGUGCCUGCAGCUGGGAGCGCCUUCCUGCUGGCACAGCUGAGCUCCCUGCUGGCUCCCUGCAGCUGCCAGCCCUGCCUGGGACAGGAGUCCUGGGAGUGCCUGACCAAGCUCAAAGGCAGGUACUCCACAAACACAACCUCCUUGUGUAGCUUGUUUCUACACCAGUAACCAUGUCUCCGUUGUUCAGUUCUUUCUUUGGUGUCUGUGCUAAUCAAAAAACACAAGCUGAAGAAUUGUAAAGUCUUGCAAUACACAAAGCAGUCUUGGUUUUAAAAUCCAUGCUGUUGCAGCAUAAUUUAAAUGGUGUAUUUAUCAGUUUUAAAUGUCAUUUUGCUUUUCCAGUCUUUUGUAUAUGGGCACAAUACUUUUGUAAAUUUUUUUUUUAUUUAGUUGUCUUUCAUGUCUUUUCUUUCUGGUACUGGAAGAUUUGAGCUCUCUGGGUUUUCACGGUACUCUUCUGAUCAUUCUUCAUAGUGGUAAAAGUCUGUAUUUUUGUAUGUAGGAGAAAUGGAAGUUUUCUAACACUUAUCCCAAUCAAUAUAGUACGGAAUCAUUUGUGAAGGACUUCCUGUUUAAUAAAUGGACAUAUUAAAGUACUAAAA